CCAUUCCUGUGGGUGUGGAUGUGCAGGUGGAGAGCUUGGAUAGCAUCUCAGAGGUUGACAUGGACUUUACCAUGACCCUCUACCUGAGGCACUACUGGAAGGAUGAGAGGCUGUCUUUUCCCAGUGCCAACAACCUCAGCAUGACAUUCGAUGGCCGGCUGGUAAAGAAGAUCUGGGUCCCGGACAUGUUUUUUGUGCACUCCAAGCGCUCCUUCAUCCAUGACACCACCACAGACAAUGUCAUGCUACGGGUCCAACCCGAUGGUACUGUGCUCUACAGUCUCAGGGUGACAGUGACUGCAAUGUGCAACAUGGACUUCAGCCGAUUUCCCCUGGACACACAAACGUGCUCACUUGAAAUCGAAAGCUAUGCUUAUACAGAGGAUGACCUCAUGCUGUACUGGAAAAAAGGCAAUGACUCCCUAAAGACAGAUGAGCGGAUCUCACUCUCCCAGUUCCUCAUUCAGGAGUUCCACACCACCACUAAAUUGGCCUUCUACAGCAGCACAGGCUGGUACAACCGUCUGUACAUUAACUUCACGUUGCGUCGCCACAUCUUCUUCUUCUUGCUCCAAACUUAUUUCCCUGCCACCCUAAUGGUCAUGCUGUCAUGGGUGUCCUUCUGGAUCGACCGCAGAGCUGUGCCUGCCAGAGUCCCUUUAGGGAUCACGACGGUGCUGACCAUGUCCACCAUCAUCACGGGCGUGAACGCCUCCAUGCCCCGCGUCUCCUACAUCAAGGCUGUGGACAUCUACCUCUGGGUCAGCUUUGUGUUCGUGUUCCUCUCGGUGCUGGAGUACGCCGCUGUCAACUACCUGACCACGGUGCAGGAGCGCAAGGAACAGAAGCUUCGGGAGAAGCUCCCCUGCACUGGUGGGUUACCUCAGCCGGCAGCUCAGCUGGACGGCAGCUACAGCGAUGGUGAGGUGAACGACCUGGGCAACUACAUGCCUGAGAAUGGAGAGAAGCCAGACAGGAUGAUGGUGCAGCUGACGCUGGCCUCAGAGAGGAGCUCCCCCCAGAGGAAAAGUCAGAGAAUCAGCUACGUGAGCAUGAGGAUCGACACCCAUGCCAUCGACAAAUACUCCAGGAUCAUUUUUCCAGGGGCAUACAUUUUAUUCAAUUUAAUAUACUGGUCCAUUUUCUCAUAGAUGCCUGUAAUUCUAUAAAUUUCACAUUCUUCAUGGUAUGCGCUCUGGAAAUACCUGUAUGCUAACAAAGAAUGGUAUGAAAAAAAUUCCCAGUACCCAUCUGUGUUUUCAGUAUCCUUUCCCCAGCUUUCCAAAGCUACAUUGUGAAAGUGCUUUUUGGUUUAAUUUGUACUUACUACCCACCUAGUGUAUACACAGCAUUGUACUAGGUGCGGCAGGAACUGCAGCAACUGAUGUUGUUACCCAGAUCUCCUGGAAAAGCGUAUUACCAGCGUAGUGGCGCACUCUAGUUCUACUGCCUUUAGACCCUAGCUGCGUAUUCCCAGGAAUGAUUUUCCUUUGUGUGAGUGUCGUUACAGUAUUCUUCAGAUGAGGUGACAUUGGGAAGCACUUAAAGUUCAUUUGCGUGGAAA